AUGAUUAGUUGCACCAUCGGUGAUCCGAUAUCCAUCCCCACUGCUUGUCUUCACCUCGGCGCGUCUCGGCGAGUCAGCCGGCGACGCGUCCCCGUCCCUGUCAGCGAGAGCUGUCUCCGGCCAUGUCACAGGUUCAGAGACGAGGAAGCCAGUUGGCCCCGCCCCCCCCGAUCGGACGGGGACCCACCCGGGAUGGUGGGCUCCCGCUCCGCCUUAAAGCCAGAUGGGCCUCGAUGGGCACCGGCCGACCAAAUAUUCCCGAUCGUCACUGAGGCCGCAGCCAUCCACACACAAACACUCACUCCCGCCGAACAACCACGCCCGCCUGUCCGCCUCGUGUACGCCCACUCCCCAGACUCUUCGGUCUGGCUCGAUUCGAUCGGCCAACUUGACUCAUGUGAACAGCGACCCUACUAUCUGUCUGGCCUCUCAGUCUCAGUCCGAAUGUACACUCCCAACCAUUGA